GCGCUGACAAUGGACCGAGAAAACGCGUCCACCACUGGCAUAUCUCCUCCCUCGGACAUCGCUUUCAGGAAGCUCUUGACUGCCAGUACGACCGUGGCACUAUCACGGAUCUGGUCCCGAAACAAGGCCCAUGACACUAGCAAAUCCGAUUUAAUUUGGUGAUUAGGUGGAGUGCGGAGAACUAGACGACACGCGACGACGCCUGUACGAAACGGAAAACCGGUCGUGAGGCCGCAAGCAUAGCUUCUUGGGCCUUUCUUUUCUUGGACAUGCCUUCCUUCUCCACGACUACUUAAAGCACUCCUUCAUGGUCGCUGUGCUGCAGAGUGGAGUCCUCGCCUCCGUUCCUCAAGCCAUCUCUCCUCCCUAGCUCUCGAUCCCCCAAUGUCCAAAUUCUCACUCGUUCCUUGCGUUCGUGUUCGCGUCGGUAUCACUCGUUGCUGGCCAUGGCCAGGUCAACCACGUCACUAUCGGGGGAACUACCACUCCUGGCCCCAACCAAUACUGGGCGCAAGCUACGGUCAACCGGGAGACUGCCACUCGCGUCAUGUACAAGGCUUCUUCGCCAGCUUACGUUUUGUCCAGUGACUUCGAUAACAACUCGAAGAUGGCUUGCGAAGGCUCGGCGCGGGCGCCCGCGCCGCAGACCAUGUCGGUUUCUGCCGGUGAAGAAAUCGAGAUCUACUGGGAAGGCGCGACCUCCGAGCUGCGAGGACAGCCCGGGACCGGUUCCCUGACCGCCUACAAUCCCUGGGUCCAUGCGUUCGUGGCUCGAGUCUCCCAUCCUACUGCUGUUUACCUGAAGCUCUGCUCCAGUAUGGGCUUCGUGUUUGAUUACAUCACCUCCUGCAAUGGGCCCUGUACGAACUUCGACGCGACGAACGCUGGCUGGACCAAGCUCGCUCACGCCGGAAUUGACAUGUCGCAGACGAUCUCCAGCGGGCUGCGUCAGACGAUGACAACAAGCCGGAGCGCUAUUACCCCACCAGUGGACCUGGUCUGUGGGGGAUGGCCAAACUUGGCAAUUCAGAAUGGAUCCAAGUGGUGUGACCAUCAAGAUUCCUCCUCGCUCAAGAGCGGACAGUACCUCAUCAGACACGAGCUCGGUGCCGUCCACAAUCCCAAGACGAGUGAUCCGACUUCGGGUCCCCAGCUUUACAUUGCUUGCAUCCAGUUGGAUGUCAAGAACGGAGGGGAUGCCACUCUGCCGGCUGGCACUCAGGCCAAAGACCUGUAUCUCACGAACGGUGCCUUUGCGAACACCAAUGUUCUCGACCCCUCGUUCAACCCUGCCAACGUGCGGAUGCCUGGUCCCCCCAUCUGGAAUGGAGUUAGUGCCUCGGGACACGCUCACAAGCGACACAACGCCAAGAACCGUAUGGCAUAAUUAUUGUAUGUAGAGUGCUGUGCACGAGUUGAUUAUCUAGUCUAGAGGACUGAUGUGACGUAUUCAUCGAGACUGCCAUUGUU